GGUCCAUUAGUCUUCGUUGGAAAGUGGCCAUUGCUGUUAGGUAUCUUGUGACAUGUAUAGUCUAGUAUUAUCCUUCCAGUUAAUGCCGCGACGUUGAAUUGUUGUUGAAUCCACGAAGAUGAAGUAGAAUCGGCUGGUAUCUUCCUCACGCAGGAAAACAGGAAGAGGCAUUUUACAGCACCUUCUCACAUCAGGCGACGGCUUAUGUCUGCUCCGCUAUCCAAAGAAUUGCGACAAAAGUACAAUGUGCGAUCGAUGCCGAUUCGCAAAGAUGACGAAGUACAGGUAGUACGUGGUCAUUACAAGGGUCAACAAGUAGGAAAAGUUGUCCAAGUCUAUAGAAAAAAGUUUGUCAUAUAUAUUGAACGAAUUCAACGUGAGAAGGCAAACAGUGCAAACGUCUAUGUUGGCAUUGAUCCUUCUAAGACGGUUAUUGUUAAAUUGAAGAUGGAUAAAGAUCGUAAGAAGAUUAUUGAUAGGCGAAGUAAAGGAAGACUGGCUGCAUUGGGCAAAGACAAAGGAAAAUAUACAGAAGAUGUGACAGCUGCUAUGGAAACGUCAUAAAUUUUGAUAUUUUUCUUUGUUUACGUAUAAAACACAAUAAAAUUUCAAAAACAAAA